AUUGCAGUUCCACACAACACUUUGCCCGUGUGCUACCCUUUUUUCCGUUUCUCGCCUGUGUGCGGAAUCUGGUGCUUUUACCCGUAACGAACACUUUCGAAUGCGAGCGUCUGUCGUCACUGAGGUUUGUUCACCUCUCCGUGUCGGUUCGUGUGUGUGACGCUUUCUGCGUUUUUUCUGUUCCUGCCACAACUGUUUGCUUGGGCUUUUUGACUUUUUACCUGCUCUCCUCUCUUAUCACAAUGGCAUCUAAACAACCGCAGACACUGAGCGCCGGCGCCGUCGAGAGCGGCCGCGUUGCCCGCCUCGUGUCCGCCAGUUCUGUGAUGACUCAGCAGCUGGGAAAAAGCACGAACAUCCGCAUGUCCCAGAUUCUGGAGCCGCGCUCCGAAGAAGACUGGACUGCCCACCGCACUCGCAUUGUCUGCACCAUGGGCCCCGCAUGCUGGAACGUAGACACCCUCGUCAAAAUGAUCGACGCUGGCAUGAACGUCUGCCGCUUGAACUUCUCGCACGGCGACCACGAAACACACGCACGCACUGUCCAGAACAUCCAGGAAGCCAUGAAGCAAAGACCUGAAGCGCGCUUGGCGAUUCUCCUGGACACCAAGGGACCCGAAAUCCGCACUGGAUUCUUGAAGGACCACAAGCCCAUCACUCUGCAGCAAGGCGCCACUCUGAAGAUCGUGACGGACUACAACUUGAUUGGCGACGAGACAACGAUUGCAUGCUCCUACGGUGCCCUCCCUCAAUCGGUGAAGCCCGGCAACACCAUUCUCAUUGCCGACGGUUCCCUCUCCGUCAAGGUCGUUGAAGUUGGGAGCGAUUACGUUAUUACCCAGGCUCAGAACACCGCUACCAUCGGCGAACGCAAGAACAUGAACCUACCCAACGUCAAAGUCCAGCUGCCCGUCAUUGGCGAGAAGGACAAGCACGACAUCCUGAACUUUGGCAUUCCCAUGGGAUGCAACUUUAUUGCUGCUUCCUUCGUCCAAAGCGCGGAUGAUGUCCGGUACAUUCGCGGUCUGCUUGGCCCCCGUGGCCGCCACAUCCGCAUUAUUCCGAAGAUCGAGAAUGUCGAGGGUCUCGUCAACUUCGACGAAAUUCUCGCGGAAGCCGACGGUAUCAUGAUCGCGCGUGGUGACUUGGGAAUGGAAAUCCCCCCCGAAAAGGUUUUCCUGGCUCAGAAGAUGAUGAUUGCUAAGUGCAACGUCGUGGGCAAGCCCGUUAUUACAGCGACCCAGAUGCUGGAGAGUAUGAUCAAGAACCCGCGCCCGACACGUGCGGAGGCCGCCGAUGUGGCGAACGCGGUGUUGGACGGCACAGAUUGCGUGAUGCUUUCUGGAGAGACUGCUAACGGAGAAUUCCCGGUUAUCACCGUUGAGACAAUGGCCCGCAUCUGCUACGAGGCGGAAACCUGCGUGGACUACCCUGCGCUGUACCGUGCCAUGUGCCUGGCAGUUCCCCCACCCAUUUCGACUCAGGAAGCUGUUGCGAGAGCAGCUGUCGAGACGGCCGAGUGCGUCAACGCAGCGAUCAUCCUGGCUUUGACCGAGACCGGUCAGACUGCGCGUCUGAUCGCCAAGUACCGCCCGAUGCAGCCGAUUCUGGCCCUGAGUGCUUCAGAAAGCACCAUCAAGCACCUGCAGGUGAUCCGCGGUGUGACGACGAUGCAGGUUCCCUCGUUCCAGGGAACCGACCACGUGAUCAGAAACGCGAUUGUCGUGGCCAAGGAGAGAGAACUCGUUACUGAGGGCGAGAGCAUCGUCGCUGUGCACGGCAUGAAAGAGGAAGUCGCUGGCUCCAGCAACCUUCUCAAGGUUCUUACUGUGGAGUAAACUGCAGAACAGAGCAGGUGCGAAGGAAUAGACGCAGGAGCAAGAAGGAGAGAGCUUCUAUGUAGACGAUGUCGGAAUCGAGUUUUUGGCAGUUGGUUACGGUUUUUUUUAUGUCCCUCCAACCAGAAUCGAGUAGCACCUUCCACAGUGGACGCAUGUGGUAAUUUUCCACGGAGGGCAGUGGCGUGCGACGAAAAGGUUGCCGCCUGCGACCGUGCCUGAUUUUUUUUUGCGUUGGUGAAACUUUCUGCAUUUUGCCUUUUUCUGUUCCCCACAAGAUUCGACUCGCAAGUGACCAGCGUUUUUACCGUAGUUCGUUGCUGCGACCUUGACGUGAACUGAAAGAGGAUAGCGUAAACCUCUGCCUCCUCGUGGCUCUCUGAACCCGUCAGCCAGGAACCGUUGCGUCCCCACAUGACGCAGAGCAUGUCCAAAAUUGAAGGCAU